UGCUGUGUGAAUAGUUCAAAAUAACGGACUUUUCAGCGCACUGCUUAACAGCUCUGUUAAUCUGGGCAACGCGACGGUGAGAAAUCCCUAGCGCGUCAGAAAACAUACCGCAAGCGGCUUGAUCUCUGUGACAUUGAAGUUGCGAUUGAAAACCGAAAGCUGUUAACCACAUGCUAUCUCGGCUAUUGCGCCAAGGCCUCCAGCGACCACAGUUCUUCCAAGCUCUCGGCGAACAGUUACUUCUCGGGGCGUCUGCACUCUAUUCCCAGAAUCGAAAGAUGGAUGAUAUUGCAUUGGACGCGGCCAAGAAGACGGCAGCCCGCACGGCGGUGGAUCAAUGGGUCACGGAGGAUACCAAGAUUCUGGGUAUCGGAAGUGGUUCCACAGUUGUAUACGCUGUGCAGCGGAUUGCGGAGCGCGUGUGGAAGGAAGGCGAGCUCACGGAUCUCAUCUGUGUGCCCUCGUCGUACCAGGCGCACCACUUAAUCCUCGACUACAACCUAAAUCUUGGCGACUUGGACAGGAAUCCCAAUAUUGAUGUGGCCAUUGACGGUGCUGACGAGGUUGAUCGGCACAUGGUUCUCAUCAAGGGCGGCGGUGGCUGUUUGCUCCAGGAAAAGGUUGUGGCCUCCUGCGCGAAGCACUUCAUUGUGGUGGCCGAUUACACAAAGAACUCCUUACGUUUGGGUGAGCAGUGGUGCCGCGGAGUACCCAUCGAGGUGGCCCCUAUGGCAUAUGUGCCCAUCAAGCUGCACAUUGAGGCCCUGUUUGGCGGAGAAGCCUCACUGCGAAUGGCCAAGGUCAAGGCAGGUCCCAUUGUCACGGAUAAUGGCAACUUCCUGCUCGACUGGAAGUUUAUCGCCAACAGGGAGUACGACUGGGACGAGGUAAAUCGCGCCAUCACCAUGAUUCCGGGUGUUCUGGAAACCGGUCUGUUCGUGAACAUGGCUCACAAGUGCUAUUUCGGCAUGGCCGAUGGCAAUGUCAAGGUCCAGAACAAGUAGUUGUAAGUGGUUUUCUGAAUAAAGUUUGACUAUCCGUUAUGUUUUCAUGAAUAAAUUUUAAGGUGCCAUGGUAGCCUUUUCGUUGCAUUUAUUUGUUACUAUAAUGUUCCUAAAAGGUAACAACAAAAUAAAGUGUAUUGAAAAAUAAUGAAA